AUGGCGCUCAGAAUCACCGAGCAGUGGAUCAGGGAGAGGGUCAAGUUGAAACACGAUAAUUUGGGUGAGUUUCCUUCAUUAAAUGCUUAAACUUUUGUAACUGAUUUUAUUUUUACCUCCUAGUGCCACGAUUUCUUUUGUUUUCUAUUUUAGCGCAAUGGUUAUAGCGUUUUUGACUGCAUUCCAACAAAGUUUGGUUUUGUCAGUUUGGUUUUGUUUGCAUUGCAUGGUCCAACUUGAUGUUUUAGCUAGUACGCUUUAUUUUAUUUUAUGGCAUUUUACUUAAUGAAGCUUCUCUCUUGCUUCUUCAGUUGCUCUAGACACAGAGUUAUUACUACUUACAUGCGCGCUUAAUCAAACUACGCGCCAGUUUCAAUAAAACAAACCGCCAUUAAUGUAUCGGUCAAAUCGAAGCUUCAACAUGCCCCCCCCCCCCNUUUCACAGGCACAUAAUGCCGGACUGAAGGACGGCAGAAACGCCUUCAGUUGUCGAACAAAAUCUUUAUAAAUACAGCAAAUAAUUCGCAUUCAAUAUAACAAAAACUGAGAAACACUGUAAGCGUAUUUACUACAAACAAACUUCUCGUGCAAAGCGGCGGAAAUCGCUGCUACAAGGUCACUGAAUGCUCAGCUUUUCUUCGUGUGUCAUGCAACAUAGAAAACGUGUUAUAAAAAAAUCCCACCUACUACAUCAUGACCAUUUCACUGACAUGAAUCAUCGCUCACCUUAUACAUGCGGCAGGUCAAAGUAAUAUUGCCCUCUGUUGAGCUUUUUAUUGUUGCAUACACAACUUUUAUACAUUCAUGUAUUCAAAACCAAGCUUAUUUAAGCCCUUUCCUCGUAACCAAUUGGCCACAAAGGCACAAUUUUUUCCACGAAAAUCCCCGAACACCGCGUCCCCCAUGAUAGCCCGCCACGCAAGAGAUUUCACAUGAAAUCGUGGGUGCAGUCCAAAUUCCCCACCCCCAACGCAUGGAGAUCAAAUUCCCCACCCCCUGGAAGACUCUGAUAAUCAAAUUCCCUCCUCCCCGGGACGGCAAAGGUGUCAAAUGCCCGGGGCUUGCCCAGGGGGGGCAUGUUGAAGCUUCGAUUUGACCGAUACAUAAUUCCCUUAAAAUUUUGGCGACACCAUAGCUUGAUGGUUGGUAUCUGACGUCUUAUUAAGACCAGUUUUGUUUCCCAAAAUCCAAACAGUUAGCAAACACCUGUUACCGUAUGCAUUAAAUUUAGUUACUACCAAAAGUACUUUUAAAGAGGCUUGUAAUUUUCCCUUCUAAUCAGCCAAACUUUUGCUUUUGUUGCUUUCCUUCUCAUCUUUUAUUCUCAGUGUUAGAUUUUUCUUUGUGCGUCAGCAUGAUACCUGUCACUUUGAUGAUACAUGUUUUCAGUCACUUGCAAACUGACCUGACCAGGAUUCUGCAAUUUAGAAUAUAUUGAAAAGUUGAACUGGACAUUUGAGUAAUGUGGAUAUGACUUGACUCAGAUUUGAAGAGGCAAGGCCGUUCUCACUAAAUUUACACUGGUUAUAAUUAUAACAUACAAAACCACUCAAUUUUUUAGCCCUUCCUAUUUAUUACUGUUUAGUAAUACAUGCACAAUAAUAAUAAUAAUAAUAAUAAUAAUACAUGCACAAAAUUAUUGAAAAUUAAAUAAAUUAUACUGUAUGUGGUCCUUGGUCUGCCACUAAAUACUAUUGAUAAUUUAAGACAAUUGGUAUUAAUAAGACAAGUUCGUGUGCUUGUAAAUUAAAGUACUUUCUUCUUUGCAAGUGAUUCUGGAAUUUUUUUUUUCACUUUUCCAAAAAAAUGGGUUGGUCGGGCGAUGGGAAAGGAAACAUUUUAUGGGGAUGGCCAUAUCUUAUCUGAAUCAAAACGUAACGAACUAAAAUACUCCCGGAAGAUAAUUGUUAUGUUCCUUUUGAUAAUCGUGAAGUGAUAAGUUCCAACCUUACCUUUAGUAUUUUGCUUGUGAUUCAAAAAGGCAACUGUGCUUGAUGAUCCUUGUUCCGUGACUCAUGUAAAAAGCACAAAAGGUACGAGAGAAUGGGAUAGUUUCCCUAUGAAAAUGUAAUUUUCACAAUAUUUCAUGUACAUGUAUUUUAUUUAUUCUUGAUACAAUUAUGCUAUAAAUAAAUACUCAGCACUCAGCGUAGGUAAAAAUAAAAAUACAGCACCAUUUCACCCUAUGAAAAAUCAAAAUAUAGAGAAUAUGUUCAGUGCAGUUGAAAAACUCUGUAUGUGUUUGAGAUAUUAAGAAAAGAGAACUUGUAAACAUAGGAAUAUUUUUGUAAACAAAGGAAUAUUUUUAACACAUUCCAUUUAAUCAAAGGGUUUCAUUUAUUUUGCUAAAUGUAAUUACGCCAAAGUGAUAGGUUGCAGACCAAGGACCAGUACGCAAAAUUUGGUGACUUUUUUCAAGAGUCGAUAAAACAAAAACUUCAAAGUAUGCAGCAAAUUUGCUUCCAACGGCACAAAAAGUUUUAUCUGAAAACCUGUCCUGCAAAAAGCCACAUCUUCCCAUUGCUUGUUAUUUAUUCACAAGCCACGUAAACAUGACCAAAAGUACAAACUUCAAGAAAGACAAAUUAACCUAUGGGUCAACAAACUCGAAUUUUGCAGCUUUACGAACAGCAGCAAAGCGAAAACUUCGCCAUAUGAAAGACGACUAAUCAAUAAAUCAUUGAACACAUUCAGUUUUUUCCUUUUUUUCUAGAUGAAAUAUUUCAUCAUGUUUGGAAAAGUCACGGACCAGGGACCACAUACUGUAUUGAUAGAUGUACAACAUAGAUAAACAAAUUACUUUUAAAGUAUUAUUAUUAUUAUUAUUAUUGUUAUUAUUAUUAUUAUUAUUAUUGUAUCACCAUAAAUAAGUAAACAUUGGUGAUGAUAUGAUGGUUUGUCAUCAUUAUUUUUUUGCCUGUGAUCAUGAAGAUGAUGUGAAAUCUCUCUCUUUGCCUGGUACAUAUCAUGAAAAGAUAUCUUCACUGGGGACUUCGCUCUCUGGAUUUACUCGACUCAAGUCCUUGGAUUUGUCUCGUAAUGCCUUAAUAUCCACAGAGGUAAAUAUUUUCCUUCUUCCCAUCACUUCCUCUUUAAUUUUGCACAAGAUAAUUUAAAGGCAUCAGCAAAGAAUCUGAAUGCUACCAGAUCAAAUCAACACCUGUAACUCACUUUAAUGACAAAAUGUUAAAGAUAAGGUUUAAGAGUUGAUCUAAUUCCAGUCCUAUCCAUGUUUUGUCACUGGUGCUAAAUAAGAUUCUUGUGAUCUUCCUUUGUCGUCAUGUUACCCCUUGAGGCCUACAUUUUACAUCUGGGUAACUGUAAAAUCUAAGUUUUUCAAUGGAAAUCAUAUGCUUGGCACCUUGGAUUUCACAAGCAUAGAGCACCAGUCUCUUCAAUUUUGUCUAUAAUCUUAGAACACUGCAGCCACAGAAAAGGACUAGAUCGCAUGACUCUUGAAGAAAGUCUGCAGACUUACAGGAGUCCUGGGUGCUUAAGGUGAACUUUAAAUGGAAAGUUGUUGUUGGAGCUCAGAAUAAUUACAUAUGAAUUGUAUACUUUGUCAAGGUGGCCAUAGAUGGAAAUACAGUGAAACCUCUAUCAAGAGGACACUAAGGCGGGUCCCGAAAUUAAUGUCUUAUAUGUCCCUUUAUAACGGACACCUCUAUUAGGCGGACGUGGACACUUAAAUAAAUUGUAUUUGUCUAAUUUCUAUUGUUAAAACCCUCUAUUAAUAUAAGCGGAUACCGAAUUGAAUUGAAUAGUAUUUGAUUACAUCCUAGAAAUACAUACUGUAGUCAAUUUAAUAGUACACAUAAAUCAAUACAUUUAGCUGUCAAUAAACUUUAGAUUAGACCGAUAUCCAGCUGUAUGAUUGUCAUCCGCAAUGAAAGUUCACCUAAGAGUCUUGUAACCGUUGAAUGUUAAUCAUUAACAAACAUUGCAUAAUUUUUACAAACCUCUAUUAAGCAGACACCCUCUAUUAAGCGGACACUUGGGAAGCUGCCAAAGGUGUCUGCUUAAUAGAGGUUUCACUGUAUUCACCAAACAGAGCGUCCAUUUUGAGAGUGCUGACUGCAUAUUUUUAGAUCUCUUUGUGACACACAUUUCCCUCCCCCCCCACCCCCUUUAAAAAUCUGUAAACUUACCGGGCCAUGUAACUGGGAGUAAUCCUAUUUUAAUUUAUUUCAAUGGAUUCAUUUUUUUUUAUUUCACUUCUAGGGUCUGCAAGAACAGCACACCUUAGAAUCACUUAAUCUGUAUCCUCAAUUUUCUUGUUCGAACUACAAUUAUACUUACAUAUUAUAGCAGGCAAUUAAUUUUGUUUAUAAAUUAUUAAAUUACAGUUGUUUCAGAAGGUAGAAGUACCAGCAGUCCCUUAGUUUAAAGGGGCUUUUAAUUUGUCAUGUGGAUAUUGCUGUUAAUUUAUUACAAUAAUGUAGGUCUGUUUGUUGUUGUUGUUGUUGUUGCUGCUGUUGAUAUUGUUCUGCUUUGUUUUUUGUGUUAGGUUUAUUUUCUCAGUUUUCCUUAAAGCAAUCUAAAUAGAUAUUACAAUAAUAUCUGCUCAUUAAAAGAUUUGUAUGGACUACAAAAUUUGACUAAUCUGAAGGUUUGUAGAUGGUUGUUUAAUUUUAUAAUAACAAAUUUAUUUAGUCAGUUAUUGCUAAAAAAAGCAGUACAGUGGAAUUCAACUGAAAUGUGGGGUAAUAUUAAUUUUGCUUUGCCUGGAUACUAAUUAUCGGUGGUCUGACAUCUUUUCUGCAGGACUUGGAUCUUAGGUUAAAUCCAGUUACAAAGAACGAACCAGAUUACCGUCUCUUCAUUGUUCACAUGCUUCCUAAUUUACGGCAGCUUGGUAUGUUUUAAAUUGUAGUACUUUUUUGACUGUACACUUCAUGAGUGUGGUUCACUAAAACUUGGCCUGUUGAUUUUAAUUUCAUAAACCCCCUGUUCCUUCUUGAUUUUGUACAAAAAAGUAUGUUGUUAAUUCUGUUUAAAUGCGCAAAAAUGGAGUCUGACUAUACAAUGUGUUCUGUGGUCACCCAUGGUCAGGUUCAGCUGUGUUGUUCCUCAAGUUGUUUCCAUGUGUAACCCAGUUUUUACUUGCAGAUGAUAGGUCUGUACGCGACAGUGAAAGGAGAGCAGCUAUAAUGCACUUUACUUCUGAUCAGGUACAUGUAUUUGUAAUAACUACAAUAAACAUGACCUGUGAUUUAACUUACCCAUAACUAUUAUAUUGGUUAACAUAUUCAGUUCAUUGGAUUAAAAGCCUGGCCCUGAAAAAAAGCCAAGAUUAGGGGAAAGUUGUUGUACAGUUAAUCAAAGGGGGAAUUUAUUAGAUACCUAUGGCCCAAUUUGUUUAAAAGGGGGAUAACAUUAUCCACUAGAUAAAUCACUGUCAAAUUGGAUCGUGCAAUUAUUUGAAUGUCCUAAAUACUUAUCCACUGAAUACUAAUUUAUUCAGUGGAUGACACCAUCCAACUUUUGAAACGUUAGGAUACCUUUUUUUCCAUGCAUGUCCCUUCAUUUUGAUUUUCAACCAUUUUUUUUCUCUACUUUUUUUUGUAGGCAUCAGAUUUUGAUCGUCAUUACUCAUCAAACUCUAAAAUGGAAUCAGAGAGGUAAGUACAGCAAAACCUGUUUGCGGGAAGAUCAGCAGGGUAGUCGAUAAGAGCUGGGGGCUAGGGAUUUCCCCUGGGUGCUACUAUGAGAUGGUCAAGAAUGACCAUUGGGGAUGUAACGUAGGAGUCAGACGGUCAUAGGAGAGCAGGUGACAACUACAUAUAGUGUGACUGUAAAUUGUAGCUGUUCAAGGGACUUUGUUGUUACAAUGCUUUCUGUUUUUCUGCAGGGUUCCUUUGCCCAGGUCUGAAAUGAUACGUAAGCUUGCUUCUCAACCAACAGGUAUUCAUUAUUAAUUAGUUUUAUUUAUAAUAAUGAUAUUAUUAUUAUUUUUUAGUAGUAGGUUAAACCCCUGUGGUCACUUGAAGAAAUCAUGAAAGCAAUGGCAAGAGAAUAUAUUGGCAGAUCAUAAGCAUUCAUCAAAGUUAGUAGAGGAGACUGCCUGUGUUAUGGUUCACGAAUAGUCCCACGGUUCCAGCUUGUCUUGUACUAAGUUACAUCAAAUUACAAUCAUGGUUGCUAAAAGUGAAACAAAAUUACAAAUUACUGAGGAAUACAAAUGACAGCUAUGAAACGACGAAGAUACAGGAAAAGGAAGCAAACUAAGCGAAAAUACUUGAACGGAAAGUUGAACGGAAAAAAGUUACGAUGGCUAACAAAACUGAAUGAAAACAGUGAUGAUGUUGCCGUGAAUGCUAAAGCGAAAUGCACCUAGAAUAAGCGAUGAAACAUGCAAAAUGAUCUAAAAACAAAGGAAAUUAUGAAGAGAAAUCUAACAGAAUCUUAAUAGCGAUAGCUGAAAAGAAUGUGCAAAACUAAACGAUGAACUAAACACUAAACAUAUUUGACGAGGAAUGCGGCCGUAACAGCAUGGUUAUGGAAGGUGGCAAACAUCAAAGUUGGAAACAACAGUACUGCAAUGUUGGAAGCUCCCUGACAUUGCACAACUCUUUGUUUUUUGUUUACAAAUCGUGACUGAACUUUCUGACCAAUGGUAAUGUAUCGCAUUAAUGUGUAUUAUUAAUACGAUACAUUACUAUUGGUCAGAAAGUUCCAAAUGAUAUUCAUGAAUGCUAUUGAAAGUUGCACUCAGCAGGAACAAAAAAGCUAACAAAAACAUAUAACAAAGGCAUCUAAUGGGUUUCAUAACCAUUCCACUUUAGUAGCUAUGCAUUCAUAUAAUAAUAAUUAUAUAUUAUUUUUACAUUAACUGUCCCAUAGAUUUAUCAUUCUUUGAAAAGAUAAAAAUAAAAUGUUAUAAGAUGAACACCAGAUUGCAUCAGGAGUAUUGAACAGUCAUCAUUAACCCUUUCUUGUUGUGUUCCAUGGUGCUCAUCCAUAUCCUUUGUCAAGAAAACUAUAAAAGUCUGUGGCACAUCAAAUAAUAAUAAAUUGUAUUAUAAUUAUGUUGUUUCAACUUUUCUCUUACUUUGAUAAAAUAAUAUCCAGUUCUAGAAGAUGAUGACGUAGCAGUGCUUGAUCUAAUUUCACGUACUGGUGGAGAUUUGUCACAACCAAGAGGAAUUUCUGGUUCAUCAGCCCAAGUGCCUGAUGUUGGAAGCUACACUAGAGAUGGUAUUUAUUAUUUACAAUAACCAACAACAUUAAUUUAUAUUUGUGAUGAUGUGAUCCAAAGGUGAAGGCUAAACCAAGACAACUGUAGACAGUGUACUACUGACCUUACCUAUAAUAACUGCAGUGUUGUUUAAAUGUUGACAGUAGGCUUGCUAAUCAAAACAGCAACAAGUCGAAAUCUGUGGAUGAAGUCAGUGACUCAUAAGGGACUCAGAAUAAGUGAAUCUGAUGUCUCAAUCAGGAGUUUAACUUAUGAAACCUACAGUAAGGCCAUUUCACUAGGUUCAAGUGACAAUACAUAGGUCCACCUUCUGCUUGGAGAACUCAGGUGAUGCCAGACAUCAGGUAGUCUAGAAUCAGAUUGACAGUUAUUCUGGUGAACUAAUUGAUGUGGUUGCAGGUCUUUGAUAAUUCGUCUCGCUAAUUUAAGUUAAAAUUCUAUUUGUUUCAGAGCUUCACAAAAUAUUUCCACCAGUUAAACACAAAGCAGGUUCAAGGAAUCCAUCGUCACAGGGAACUUCAGAUGUAAGACCACAAAAAGACAGAGCUUAUGUGCACUUUGCCGAUAAUGAUGUCAGGUUAUCAGACGAUCCCAAUCUAAAAUAUAGAGACGAAACAGAUGCAUAUACAACCAUCUCCACCAGAGGACACUUCAUGCCCAAUCCAAAGAUGACUAGUUAUAACCCAUCACCAAGACAACCAUACAACCCACCGACACUCAGUAGUACAGAACAUGUUAGACCAGAGGAUUUAAGCUCUGACAAAUCUAGAGGCGAUGUAGCUGGCUUGCGAGAAAGAGUAGAGGAUAAAAGUGUUCCUUUGUCUGCAAGGUCAUAUGAACUGUCACCGUCUAGAAAAAGACAGUCGUCUUCUCCCAGGCAAUCACAAGGACCCCUUGCUGACAAGAUAGGUAAAGGAUCGGAGAAUGUUGUCGAGGAAACACCAACACGAGGCCUACAGACAAAACUGGUAUGUUAUUGGUAUGGCAAUCAUUUUCAGAACUGUCAUCAAGGGGCAGAGGCGGGGGCUGGAGAUUUCCCCCAGCUACUAUGAACAUGGCCCCAAGCUACUUUGAUUCAAAGGAAAAUAGAAGAAAUAUAGAACCAAAAGAAACCCCUAGCUGUUUGAUUCCCCACCUACUUGACUGUUGUAUUUUCCCAUCAACUUGAAAUCUUAGUGACAACCCUGCAUUUCUCAUUGACAAUUUAAGUUUAACUGCUGCAGUGUAGUCCAACUUCAACAAAGAAAACAACUGGGCAAUGAAACAAGCAAAUCCCAGCUUGGUUUUCCCUGUACAUUAGGCAAAAAUGCAUUUUAUGUGCUAUCUAAUGUCUGUCGUGUACACUGAUCAUUUUUAUAUCUUAAAUGUAAAAAAACCCAAACCCUAAAUCAACCCCUUGCAAAAUGAGUUUUAGCAAGGGGGAAAGAUCAUUUUCUCUAUCUUUCCACUGUUCACAUGUGAUACUCAAUGAAUUUUAUAUUAUAUAUUAUUUAUCCACACACUUACUGUUUGAUGCUGUGAACAGGUGACUAUUGAGCAAUCAGGACAAGUUGAAGAUCAAGGGAUGUUUUUAAACAAACUUCUGGACUUGGUAGACAAGUAAGGUUAUCUGGUAUCAUUUGCAAUAUUUUUUUAAAAAUAAGUUAUAUAUAUAAGGACAUCAGCAUUUGGAACUGAAACUAACUUUAGUUAAUAGAACAAAAAAGGACUGAUUUUAACUCAAAAUUUUGACUAAGGGCCUAUCCGCUCUAGAAAAAUAGCUGUUCUUAAAGGCAAAUUUUCUGUUAUCACCAACGCUUUUAAAACAAAUGCCGAUGGUUUGUCAUAAUUGUACAAAUUUUGUCCCAGAGAGGAAAAUCUUCAAAGGUGCCACAGACAAAAUUUGCCCCAGGUAAAAACUGGACAAAAUCGACAAAGUAAACAAAAAUGUGUUUUUCUUGUCAAUCAUUUUGUUUUAAAGCCAUCAUUCUUUCCUUAAUGCAAGUGUUGUCAGAUGUAACUGCCUGAUAAGAGUAAAAUAGUUUCCAGUGUGAUAAAUUUUUUCAAAACAAAAUAUUGUCACCAUACAAAUUUGGUUUGAUGUUUCAAACACAAUUCUGAUUUUUUCUGCUAAUUGUUACUGGUACAUGUACAUUUCAGGGCUUCUGAUAUUUCGCGGAAAAAAAAAGCAAAAUUUCGCGGGAUUUUCAGGGGCAAAUUCGCAGAAAAAUCGGCCGAUUUCGCGGGGUUUUCGCGGGGAAAAAGUCAAAAUUCGCAGAAAAAUCGGCCGAUUUCGCGGGAUUUUAGCGGAAAAAAGUCAAAUUUCGAAGGAUUUUCGGGGCAAAUUCUAAGACAAAUCGGCUGAUUUCACGGGAAAUUUCGGGGGGAAACUUCGCCAAAAAACAAUCAGUAAAAAACAGCCGAUUUCGCUGGAUUUUUGUGACAAAUUUCGCUAAAAUCGAUCAAUUUUGCGUCGAUAUGACCAGCAUUUGUUUAACGAUUUUUUAACAGGGAUAAUCAUUUGCUCUUUCAACAACGGUUCGCUCGAGAAAUGAGCGAAUGCUAAAGCUGUUUACAUUAUGGUUAGUGCCCAGUUUUUCGCAACGUUCAUCUAAGAACGCCUGGUAGUUUUGAGACGUUGUUUACUCCAGUGACAAAGUUUCAAGAUAAAUUUGGACGUUUGGGGUGAAUAGAACAGGUCUAAUCGCCAAGAUAAGUAUUAAAUAUGUUUUGCCGACAUGUAUUUGGAAAUAUUUCUAACGGAUUUCGCGGUAUUUCGUGUUUUUUUGGGAAUUUCGCGGGAUUUCGCGGAAAUACCUGAGUUUCGCGGGUCCGCGACCGCGCGAAAUAUCAGAAGCCCUGGCAUUUGUUGUCUACCUAGGUACUGGAAUGGAUCAAAAUCACUCCAUCGGCAUUCCAAAUUUCAAAGUAAGUUUAAUGAAAUUUUUGAGAAUAUUUUUUUUGUCUGUGCAUAGGUUACAAGAAUGCUCUAUUUUUUGCUGGAUAAAAAAUUCAAUAAUUAUUGUUUAAAAAGUGAAUUCAUUUGGUGUUGGCAGGUCUUGCACAGAGGCUUGUUUCCUCUCACCUACCUGCUACAGUGGGCAGCCAAGAUCACACAGCAUCACAUAGCAUUGACAAGCUACAAAGACAACUGAAUGAGAGAACAGCUGAAAUAUCAAGAAUGCGUGACCAAAUGUCACAACAACAACGAGAACUAGAACAAGUGCGAAGUAACUUCAAAAGUCAAGGUGGUAUAAAGGAGUCACUUGAUGCCACGGCACACAACGUGGUGCGUAAAUGAGUCUCUGUAGUUAUCUUUUAUACAUGCCACCAUUAGUCAAGAGCACCAGUGUGUAACAGCAAAUGCGCUAAUACAGACCCCAGUAUUGUUUCAGUGUAACCUAACUCAUACACUGUAGAUUGGCUUUGUUCAGUAAAUUACUGAUUUGAAAAAAAGCAAGAACACUAUUAAAGUGAAGUCAUAAAGGUAACUGUAUUGCUGUAAUAGCUUUUUUGUGUGUUUAGUUAUGUGUUUAUCUAUUUGUACUAUGUAAGCAUGACUUUGUGUGUCUUUUUUGUCUUUUUCCUUUUUUUCUCUCUUAAUCUCUAUUUUGUAUGUAAACAUAGAAAUUAUUUCAUAAAACAAUCAAAACAAAAAAAAGAAUACAGGUGGUGUAAAGCAUCUUAGGUUUUCGUUGACAGUUUUUAAUUUGAUGUUUCGACACCAACUUUUAACAACUCUUUUAAUAGAAAUAAAAGGCUACCUGAAGGGGGAAGGGGUACACGGAAUAAGCUCUGAAUGUUUCAUACUCUGUUAAUGCUCUUUUCCUUCACAAGGAAAUGUAAAAAAAAUACAAAUAAUACAUGUGUAGUCUGUAGGUCUUGAAUGAUUGCAUGCCUUUUCUAAACAUACUAUUCAGGCAACUGAGCGAUCACGACGGAUGGAGUUGCAGGAAGAAAAUAACUCUUUGCGCUCAAAAAUUACUGCAUUAGAAGUUGUUUCACAUGGGGCAACAGAACAAGAGAAAGUAAUAGGUAAAGCACUUUUCCAGCUGGCACAUUAACUCUCUAAAUUGUAAUACUGGAUUUUAAGUGAAAACAUUUUUUGGCCUGUUGCUAGUGGAUCACCACAAGGGAAUUUGAUUAUCUGCUGAUUGUGUUGUUGGUGGUGUGAUAACUGUGCUUGGGUAUCAAGGAGUGCCAUGGGAUUUGCACUCAAGGUUGUCUCUAAGAGCUAAGGGGUGGAGAAUUCCCCCAUCUACUAUGGGCAUAGUCUCCCUCGCAGCCGUUUUUUGGAUGUCAUGGGGGAGCAUUGCAUGACAUCCAAAAAGCGGCUGCGAGGGAGACUACUUUGAGCAUAGCCUGUGCUACAGAUGGAACUAAACUUCUGGUUAAGUCCAUCUGUGAAAGCUAGCACCAAAAUCCUUGUUCUAGGCCACCAGCUGGACUUGAGUAUACAGAGUAGUACACACCUUGAUUGGUCUGUUAAAAAUGCCAUUGUCAAUUUGCUAGUCAGGUUGAAAGGAAAUACGAAACAUAUUUCUGGUAAUUUGUCGAAUCUAUUAUUGGGGGCCCAGAAAAAGCAUAUCAGGUUAAAUUAUGUGUCGUCUGUAUUAAACGCAGGCUUCAGUGAGCAUAGCCCCCGGCUAUUUUCAUAGGAAACUAAAGUAUAGUAAAACCAAAAGAAAUUCCUAGAUUCAAUUCCCCGCCUACUAAUUUCAUAUAUUACACAGCUACUUGAAGUCUUAGCGACUGCCCUGUGCACUGGCUUUAGUUGCAGGAGCAGGUCUGGAGCACUAGAAGGUGUGUCUUUAAUGGGGUCUUGUCACUGACAGAACCUUCCACACUAACUGGCACAUCUGGCACUGGGCAGUUGUUCAAACAUUAGAUAAUGCUAUCCACCAGAUAAAUCACUGUCAAGUGGUUAAGUAUUAGAAUCAGUUGCGUAAUAUCGGAAACUCAUAAUGGGUUAUGAGUUUCUGGUAAUAUCCACUGGUCAAGAUAGAGUUUUACCCAGUGGAUAGCAUUGUACAGCUUGUAAACAACUGAAGCCUGCAAAUUAUACGGGCCUCUCGGUGUGGUGCAGUCUUCUGAGGUGGUGUGGUGUGGUAGAUGGGAGAAGGCAAAUUGUGCUUGUAUUGUCUUCUUUCAUUAUAGGAGAACUUCAGCAAAGAAAUCUCUCACUUCAAGAACAAGUCAAAAACCUUAACCAACAAGUACAGCAACAAAAAAUCAACUUGCAACAAUUACAAGAGCUAACAAAUAUGUUACAAGAAAGCCACAGGUGAGAUGUACAUAAUUAUACAUAUAUAUUGAUUUUUGGCUUAUAAUAAAUUGAACUUUAUUUUUUUGAAAAUAAAAUGUUCAAGAUGGGUUAUAGAAUUUCAUCAUGAUCUAUGAUGAUUAAUUAUAAAUUUUAGAUUAAGACUAAUGACAUACACACAGUGAUCUAGUUUAUCCACUUACGAUAUUGAUGGACCUUCAGCUGUACACUGCAGCCAUGUUAAUACUGAUACUUUCACACUCCUUCUUUCUUAAUGCAUGUACAAUCCAGAUCACUGGUUUCCACAAAUGACCAUCUACUUCGGGAACUGGAUGAAGUGCGCCAACGUCAUCAACAUGAGGUCCAUCAAAUGCACUGGAGUUAUGACAAUCUAAAAAAGACUAUAGAUUGGAUUCCAAAUAAUACAAAGUAGCUAGUAAAAGGCAUUACAGAUUUACAUCUAGUAAAAUAUGACUUGUGUGCAGUUAUGUUCAGUAGUAAAAUAUGUACAGAAAACUUUUCAAGAAAGUCUUAAACUAUUCAAUAUAAACAGGAAAAUAGAAGGUGUGAUUCAAACCCACUAUUUAACGUAAAGCUGACAGCAAGAC